AUGAGUUCUGCAGACAGCAGUGUAUCGAGUGUCGACAGUCAACCCAUGCGGGAGGUGGACUACCCCGUCGGUGUGGCGACGGAGGUGCCUGACACGAACGGCGGCCUCUUCAAGACAGUGCUGGUGGAAGGCAGCGGCACCCGGCCGGUGAAGGGGGCGAAGGUGACGGUGCAUUACGUUGGCACGCUUGAGUCGGAUGGGUCGAAGUUUGACAGCAGUCGCGAUCGCGGUGAGUACUUUGAGUUCACGCUGGGCCGUGGGCAGGUGAUCAAGGGCUGGGACAAGGGUGUCGCGACGAUGCGGGUGGGCGAGAAGUCGGUGCUGCGUUGCACCCCGGAGUACGGCUACGGCGCCGCUGGCAGCCCGCCAAAGAUCCCGGCCAACGCGACACUGCUAUUUGAAGUGGAACUCUUUGACUGGACCCGCGACGAGGAUGUGUCGGAGGCGCGCGAUAAGUCCAUCAUGAAGAGCAUCACCGUUGAUGGCGUUGACUACGAGCGGCCAGGCUACGAGUCAGCGGUGACGAUCGACCUGCGCGUGUACGGCGGCGACAAGGACAGCGACAAGCUUCUGUGCGAGCGCCUCGGCUGGCAGAUCGUCGUGGGGGACACACCACUGCCCCCACACCUUGAGACGUGUCUUUCGACGAUGCGCAAACGUGAGGCGGCAUCGUUCCGUGUCGCCGGCCACCGCAUCGACGCACCCUGCGAGGAGUUCGGCAUCGCCGCGGGCGAGAUGGUGACGUACGUGGUCGACCUGCAAGAGCUGACAACGGUCAAGACGUGGGAGUUCAAGGGGCAGGCGCGCCUCGAUGAAAGCGAGCGGCGCAAGCAGCAGGGUAACGCCGCCUUCCGUGACGGCAACAUUGACGUGGCGGAGCGCAAGUACCGCCGCGCCCUGGAGUUCGUUGAGCAUGACAGCGGCUUUGCCGACGAGGAGAAAGACGCGUGUUGCGCACUGCGCCACGUCGUGUGGGGCAAUCUUGCCCAGGUGCUUCUGGGCAAGCGGCAGUACAAGGAAAGCGUGGAGUACUGCGACAAAAUCCUUGAGGCGGAGCCGCACAACACCAAGGCGCUCUACCGCCGCGCUAAGGCGAACGAUGCGCUCGGCGAGUGGGAUGACGCGAAACGUGACUUGGACCAGCUGCUUGCCCUUGACACGUCCAACGCCGACGCAAAGGUGCUUCUGCAGCGCGUGCAGGAGGAGCGCAAGACCUACGAGAAGAAGCAGCGAGCGAUCUACAAGAACAUGUUCGCGUCCUAG